AAGAGCUCAGGCACGGCUCACCCUAUCUCAGCUUCAUCUCACCAUCAUCGAUCCCAUCUUCUUGACCUGAGUCACCAUCCAGAGUACCGCGAAUUUCUGCAAUUUGAAACUGUGCGCGUAGUUAGCACUGUGCUCCGUUGACGCGCUUACCAGGCCCGAUCCGAGGGCCAACGCGACCUUUCCUCUUCACAUCUUCACAUCCUCAGCUUCGAUCGAUUGCUGCCAAAUCAGGGAUCGAUCACGUAGUUCCUCUGAGAGCUUUCUAUUCUUCUCUUCAUUAUCUUCAACUGCAAUUCGCCACUAUUCUUUGACCUCCUACGUUCAGCUCUCACGCGUCGACAUUUGUGUUCCGCCUUCAAUAUGUUCUACAGCCAUGAGAUACUCACGAACCCCCUUUAUGGCGUGUCCACUAUCUGGAUGGUAGCCACGGUGGGCAAGUUCAACUCUCGCAGCAGCAAGGUCAACCGCAAGUCCAUUCAAGAGGUCAACGUCCCCAAAGCCUGCGAGACAAUCAUCAACCCCGGAGUGCCCCUUGCUCUGCGUCUGCAGGGCAACCUCCUCUAUGGCGUGUCCCGCGUCUUCUCGCAGCAGUGCGGCUAUGUCCUCUCGGACUGCGAGAGGACUCAGACAGAGAUGUUGUCCUAUCUCGGAGCAAUGAACCAGAGUGAGCUUGACCCCAAAGCGGGUCAAACAAAGCGCCAGAACAUUGUCUUGGCCGACGAUCCAAACUUUGACCCCGUUGCGUCCAUUCUCCAAUUCGACAUGAAAUUAUUUUGGGAUGCAGACCAGAUCUUCGGGACUCAGGAUGAUACUCAGAAGCUGUCCAACGUGACGCCCUUGGGAAGCCAGGACAUGAGCUUCAGGCUGCCUGCUUCAUCUCACUCGGGCAGUUAUCUCCUUCCACCUGAUCUCGGCUUCGAUACUCCACUCAACGGUGCACACUUGCCCUCGCAUCGCAUCGACGAAGACCUCGAUCCCUUUGGCGGCUCUGGACUCGAGAUUGAUGAGAACGGCAACGUUCUUGGCUUCAUCGAAAACACUCGCGCUGAGCUGCCACCUCUCCACCUGAUGGGGGAAGACGAAGCAAAUACCAUGCACCAUCAGCUCCUCGAUGCCGGCGCAGACUUUCAGAUGACAAAGGAUCGAGGCGAGCCCAAUGUGCUCAUCAUGGGAGAGCAGCCUCUCCCAUCAGAUGCGGAAGGCUUUCCGGCGGCCACCAAAUCGAACAAGCGUCCCAACUCUGCUCUCCCUCCCAGUUCGGAACUUGACCGUCUAUCCAACGCUGCACCUAACAAACGCCGCCGCGCCAAGAGAUCCAAGAAAAUGCCUACUCUGUGGGACGACGAGACGCAGAUCUCGCGCAUCGACCUCAAGUCCUGGCAGACGGACUACCUCGCCCGCAUGGAAGCUGAGCGUGCAGAAGAAGAAAUCAAGCGUCUGCGUCGCGGACCGACCGCGGCACAGUCCAAAGCAUACGCGGAGCACCUCGUCUGGGGCCGCGGCCUGUUUGACUGCGGUGCGCCCCUGCAUCCUGAACUCGACGGGCCAAACGGCGUGCGAGGUCCACUGGCAGACAUGUUCUCCGGUCGAGCUCUGAAAGCGCUGUGCUACGGAGAAAAGGCCGUCGAGAGAGCCGAGCAUCGUGCUGCCAAAAACUCGUCCAAGCGUCGCCACGAGGACGCCUUUCCAGGAGAAACACCCAAGACGACGAUGACUUUGAGACAGAGCAUCCCCGCAACCAAGACGCCAUUGAGAAGGCACUCCUCCAUGGUGGCGCCCUGGUCUCGUCCUGGCUCCGCCGUGCCCCCAGGCUCGAGCAUCCGCGGCUCAGCACAGAAGGGACUUCUGAGUCGUCCCGUCAGCCGCACAGGCAGCGCCAUUGCGCCCAUUGAGCGCCACUCUGAUCUUCACCUGCCAAGCGACGACUUUGGCGGCUUUGGUUCUCUGCCAGCUGCGUUCUCCGACCCCCAUGAAGACAUUGAGCUCAACGGGGAGUCUCAGCCGGCCAAGUUUGUCGAUGCCGAUGUGCUCGACUGGGUCAAGACCACGGCCGCCGCGCACACGCCCGAUUCGCGUGGUCGCCAAUGGUUCGAUUUCGAAAACGCCAUCAACUCCCAGAAGCAGGGGUCCAAGCAGGUGGCGGCCCAGGCGUUCCUCAACAUCCUGACGUUGGCCACGCGGGCGAAGAUCGUGCUGCAGCAGGAAGGUGUGGAAGAAAUGGAGCCGUUUGGCGCUAUUCGCGUUGGUGUCGCGAUGGGUUGA